AAGUCCAGUGGUGCUUUUGCUUCCUGGCCAACGCUUUUCGUGCUUCGCAGCCUGCGUUUCGUAUCACCGAGACAUGUGGCGCGAUUAUUGUAUGAAUGCAGAAACAAUUGCUUUGAAACGGGAACGGGAAUGUCUCGGCUUUGGGGCGUUAUUCAUGUGGUACAUGGAGUGGAGAGAGAGAACGUGGUAUCAUAGGGCUGGCUGGUGUUCUUUUCUGGGUAUCUGGAGGCUGGAGCAGCGGUCUGUCAAAGAACGGGCUGGGGAAUCUUGCUGGGAUGUUGCUUGUUAUCUUUCUGGUCGUCGGCGCCCAAAAAAUGGAGAGGCGGUUGAGACUGGUCACUGGUUGCCAGUAGCACGUGCGGCGGAUUGGGUAUACAUACUGCAUCCAUCUCUGCUGCAGCUUGGGUCGCGAAUUGCAAGGGUGGGUAUUUUCUCUGCCUAGCCAGCUGGCAUUUUCUUCGCUGCGCUGCGCUGGUCGUGUUUGGGGUGCUGGGUGACACAGAUCCGUCAUUGCAUCGCAAGGAAAACUCGCCGCAUUCCCGCUCGAUUGAUUGCACGUUUUCCUCGCUCCGGGCAGCUUUCCCUUUCGCGACACCUUCUUCGGUACCAGCAAGUCAGUACUUUCCUGCGAUACCAACCACUGUACCUUGCUACUCAGCAUCUUGCCACCGACUUGCGCCUCAUCUGGUCAGCAAUUGCCUGCGUGUGUUUGCCCGGGCGAUACUUUUCUCCGCCCGACUCAACUACAGCAAUCAUCCAUGCUUUCAGGCUCCUUCGCACGUCGACAUACCGAACUACGAAGACUGAGGAGGGCGCCUGCACCACGGACAGCAGUACAGUGAGAGACUGGACGGCCACCUGCGUACCACGCUUGCCUGCCUGCGCUGUCGCGCAUAUUCUUGCAUCCGGUGAUUCUGUGUCGGCCCGCGACACGACUGGCUGACUUGUCUUGGAGAAAGGUUGUUACUUGGCCAACGGACCCAGCAUUGGAACCAGCCAGGCUUUUCGAGCAGGACAAGCCAUUCUUGCUCGCUCACAAACUCCCACCACCCAGCGCAUCCAGUCUACACCGGUCAGCACUCAUCAGCAUCGCAGUCAGACCCACUGUCCGUGUGUUGCAGCCUUCGUGCCUAAGCAGUUGCUGGCACUACUGCAAACUACCACGCUGCGUGCAGGCUGCAGCGGUUUUUCCCGCCGCUUCGUCUUAUACCCUGCGCCCCCGUUCGAUUUUCGCUCCACGCCGCUGUUGCUGUUUGCGCGCGCGCGAAAUUGAUCUCGCGCCGGAGCCUGCAGAGUCACGAGAGGAGUGCACGUUGGAUCUAUUGAUAUACACGAAUCACCCCGCACCGAGCACUGGACCGCAAUCUGCCAUUGUCAGCCCCCUUAUCGCCAAUCGCAGCAGCGAAGGAGCCCGCCGAGACGAGAGUGAUCUCCCGCGAUCUUCUGCUGGACACUCCCGCUCCCCCCAUUGCAUCAUUGCGCUGCCGCGAGGGGCGACCAAACACACAACAACCUUUUGCUGCUGCUGCACCACGCACACGCACGACUCCACCUGUCAUCGCCAUUGUUGGUGGCCAUCGCCGUCACCAACUGCUGCACGGCAGUCGCGCGACGUCGUUGCCCAAAACGCGCCAAAGUUUCGUACGAAGCUUGACGAGACGUUUCACACAGACCAGCCGUUUAAGAUCUGGCGGCUAGGAAUUGACCUCUCGGCUUCUGCCAGCCAGACUUUCGCGUCUAGGGAAUCCUGGACCGACAGCGCCUCGCAAUUACAGCAAUCCGGAGGGCUGUGUUUAUACCCCUCGCUCCCGCCGCCCUCUCCCACGCUGCCAUCCUGGGGCAGUACGGCCACAUCACCGACCGACCGCAAAGGCGACCACCUCUCAACGAAUAUUCACUGUCGGAGAAUUGUGUCACGUCGACCAGGUCACUCCGAGGCUUGACGUGCAGCAGAAUCCGGCCAGGAUUGAGCUUGCCUAUACAUUGCUCUGAUCGAUGUCGCGGGCACAGAGUACAGCCUCAUUCUCUGUACGGACGGGAGCGGAUCGAGUGAUACACGUCUUUCCUGGAGGCCACACAUCGUCCGGCGGCAGCGCAUCAGUACGUUCACCACUUUCGAGCGGCGGCAGCCGUAGUCCCUCCUCCAGCGACUCGAGCUGGGACAACAUUGGCGACGGUGACUACGAGGACGAAAUUGACCCGUCCGACUCAGCUUCGCGAUCACGCGGACCACACUCCCGCCGCCCGACAGUGGAGGUGCCGAUACCACCUGCCAGGCGGCACUCCUCUCGCAGGACACAUCGAGAAGUAGAGCGAGAGGAGAGAAGUCCGCCUCGGCAUCGUUCCUCGCGACGACACCACUCCAGGCACGAAAGCCGCCACGAACGUCGACGCGACCGCAGCUCGUCGAGGCGUGAGCUCUCGGACGGCUCGUCCAGCGCAGGAACCGUGGCUGACGACUACCCACCGUAUGGCCACCCUGGCAUGCCUCGCGCACCUUAUCCCGGCUACAGACAUGUGCCGCCUGGAAGCCAUGGUGGCUACCCACCGACAAUGGCGUCGGGUCCCUCAGCGGGCUACCCAGAUCCAUACCAUGAUCCACGCCAGGCACUCGUAACUCGAGAUGCCUUUGGCUACCCUUCGCACGCGAACCCGUUUGCUGCACACCAAGCACAGCCGAAUCCCUUCUCACCGAUGCCCAACGACAGUGCGAGUUAUUUUGGCGGCGCACCAGAACCGCCCAUGCCUCACAUGGGCCCACCGCCGCCACCACAACGACAUCCUUCCGAAGUUGACGUGCACGGCCGACGUGGCAGACCGCAAAGUUUCGUAGCACCAACACAUUUCGCACCCGAACAAGCAAUGAUGCCGUACCAACCGCCGGGCUACCCUUCGCCUUAUGGCCAUCCAUACGGCAUGCCAGGCUAUCCCAUGUACCCGCCAGGAAUGCCUGGAUAUCCUCCUCCGCCUGCGACCUCACCGCCACCUGCUGCUCCUGAGAAGAACAAGGAUCUUGAGCAGUUGAAAGAGAUGUUGACGAAGAAAAAAGAGGAAGAUACAAAAGACGCCGGCGCGAAGAAUGAUGAAAUCGCUGCACUCAAAGAGCUCAUCAAGAAGCAUGAGGAAGAGCGUGUUGCAAGAGAGAAAGCGUGGAUCGCUGAGCGUGAAGCCGAGGCUGCUGCAAAGGCUGCCGAGAAGGCAAAAGCCGAAGAGGAGAAGAAGCGCAAGGCUGAGAUUGCAGAGGCCGCUAAGAAGGCGAAGGACGACGCUGAAUCAAAGGCUGCAGAUGCUGCGAAGAAGGCUAAAGAGGAGGCUGAAGCUGCUGCGAAGAAGGCCAAAGACGAGCACGAAGCUGCUGUGAAGAAGGCAAAGGAAGAGCACGAAGCGAAACUGGCAGAAGCUCAAAAGGCCAAAGACGAGGCCGAGAAAGCGAAGAAGGCAUUGGAAGAGGAAGCGGCGAAGAACAAGCCGACGCCAGACUCUCUGAAAGCACCGAUUCGAUUCAAGGAUGCCGUUGGACGCAAAUUCAGCUUCCCAUGGGCUAUUUGCAAAACCUGGAAGGGAAUGGAGACUUUGAUCAAGCAGGCGUUCCUGCAUGUCGAUGUGAUUGGCGAUCAUGUUCACCAAGGUCACUACGAUCUCACGGGACCUGAUGGAGAGAUCAUCCUACCACAAAUCUGGGACUCGAUGAUCCAGCCUGACUGGGAAGUCACAAUGCAUCUUUGGCCGAUGGAAGAAGAGAAGAAGCCUCCAAAGGAAGAUCCUUUCGUUGGUUCCCUCAACGACCCAUUCAGUUCAUUUGGCCUCGGAGGCCUCGGAGCCUUUGAUGCGAUGCCACCUGAGCCGGGCAAGAAAGCCAAGAAAGGCAAAGAUGCUGGCAAGAAGGGCAAGAAGCCCAGUAGCCCAGACUCCAUGAUCAUGGUGCCACCUCCACCUCCUGGCAUGGGUAUGGGCAUGGGUGGGAUGCCGCCUCCGCCUCCACCUGGCCCGGCUGGGGCAUACCCGGAUCCAUUUGGCUUCCCGCCUGGAAUCUCUCCUGUCAUGGACAAGCCAAAGGACAAGACCAAAGCUCGCAGCAAGAGUGUCAAGUCGAAGGAGAUUUCGCCUCUUGCUGCUUGGUUCGCUGGUGGCAAUCUCGCUGCUCGACCGAAGAAGAGAUGAUCGUUUACUCGACCUUCUUUUCUUCUGCAGCACCGUGGACCUUGCGCACUUUGCAUCUUCCUGCAUUAUUGUGCGAAUCAGGCUUUCCGACUUCUUGUCAGAACUCGUCUCUUGAGAGCAUUAUUAUCUAAUCACAACCCUUCCAUCAUGGCUUUUAUGCGAAACGGCAGGAUUCGAUCUGGUGAAACUGAGAGAGCUGGAGACCGAGGCGUUCGGCAGUGAUGAAUCCUUCUGUCUUACGCUCGCGCUCAUCUCGUAUUUCAGGGGUCUUCUUACUUCCUUUCCCCUUCCUCUCUCCUCUCUUUCUACAAUAGAGGGCCGAGGCGGCUUUGGCUUUUGGGUAGAGGGAGGCAUGCGGAGGGUGGUUGCUGUCCGGAACAGCGGUAUUCUCAGCAAGGAUGGGGUCGGGGAAAAGCCAUUGCAUUGUUUGUCUGGCGCACUUGAUGCUGCUGCUACUGUUGUUGCUGUUGUUGAGAAUACCCCCUUUUUUGCAGCGUUCGGGCGUUGUUUGCGUUGGAUUUUGAUUUUGACUGCGAAGUUAUGCUGAUGCUGAUGAGAGAUGAGGAAUGGGAUCGAAGAGCGUAAGAGGAAUGUGGGUAGCAAUUUAAGACGACGAUGCUGCUCGCGCAGUUGAGUGUUUUUAGAUAAGAUGGGGUACAGGAUGAAGUGAUGGAGGGGAUGUGUUUAUGCAUUUUAUGAGAAUGGUUCACGUUACUGUGCGUUUCGCUUCACGUGUCCUGUCGUAUCGUCUUGUGCGCAGGGGAG